AUGAAUGCAAAAAAAUCUCAAGCAGAGAAUCCCCAGCAGAGAGACAGGUAAGCAAAGUGCAGGUUGGCAAAUGGAGAUUUUAGAGAGAGAAAGUAACAAAUUUAGAGAGAGAAAGAGACGGACAGACUGGCAAUUAUAGGAAACCAAGCGAAGGUUAAGCAACCUCUAUCCUUGUUUGUUUUUGUUUUCUAUAUAUAUAAAACCUUAAAUUAAAUUGAGACAUUCUUUGAUUUCUUAUUCUUAUUAUUUUUUGGUUUUUGUUUUUUUGCGAAAUUUCUUACGAGGUGCCUCUGGAACUUGGAUCCAUCUUCAAGAAUCAGAGUUACCUUUGAUAUUUCGCCACCAUGAGUCUCUUCGGUCUUGGUAGCAGAAACCAGAAAACAUUUCGUCCAAAAAAGAGUGCUCCAACUGGAAGUAAGGGUGCUCAACUUCAAAAACACAUCGAUGCUACAUUGGGUAGUGGGAACUUGAGGGAAGCUGUGAAGCUGCCUCCUGGUGAAGAUAUCAAUGAGUGGCUUGCUGUAAACACUGUGGACUUCUUUAAUCAAGUGAAUAUCAUGUUUGGUACGUUGACCGAAUUCUGCACGCCGAGUAACUGUCCUACGAUGACUGCAGGACCGAAGUAUGAGUAUCGAUGGGCUGACGGCGUUACUAUCAAGAAACCAAUAGAGGUAUCUGCUCCAAAGUAUGUCGAGUAUUUGAUGGAUUGGAUUGAAUCUCAGCUAGAUGAUGAAACAAUUUUCCCUCAAAGAUUAGGGGCUCCUUUUCCACCCAAUUUCAGAGAUGUCGUCAAGACAAUAUUUAAGCGAUUAUUCCGUGUAUAUGCUCACAUUUAUCACUCACAUUUUCAGAAGAUUGUGAGUUUGAAGGAAGAAGCUCACUUGAAUACUUGCUUCAAGCAUUUUGUUUUAUUUACUUGGGAAUUCCGGUUGAUCGAAAAAGCGGAGCUAGCACCUCUUGAGGACCUUGUUGAUUCAAUUAUACAAUUAUAGUGCUGUUUAUUUUCCUUCUCUUUCAUUCAUUUUGGAAAGGUUAGACAUUGGAAGGUUGGGUAUACAUUUUUGUCGGCUUAUUAUCAUGCCCUUGUGAUAUACUUUGCUAAAUGGAAAACCUUUAGCCACUUUUUUCUAUUUGUGCCUGCAUUGUUGGUAUGGUUUGCUGAAAAAUCUUUGUGAAUCAAGCUAAACAGCGAGCCAAUUAUCGAUGCAUUGACGCUUUAUUUUUCCUAGAUGGUGUUUCUAUAUUUUGAAGUACUUUUUGCUUGUUUUUCCU